GAAUAACUAUAAGAUGACUAACAAAUUAUGAGUUGCACUUGAAAUUUGAGACGUGCAACACACAAGUGAGAACCAUCAUAUUACCCAAUAAAGGUCGAUUGUGGUUGGAUCUAGACAGGUUUGUGGGUUUAACUACUCAAUGAUUACCCCCAAACUUCAACAAAGAGGGAGGUCGAGUGGAACUAUAGUUUAUAUUUUAUAAAAGUAAAAUAAAAAAGGAGCUAAUAAGAAGGGGGGGAAAUGUGAAGCACAAAAGCAGUAUAUGAUUUACCUAAAAGAAAAAGAAAAAAAAAAUUAAUUUCAUAGGGUGGAAUGGAAAGGGUUUAAACUAACCCGGUACAAGUUUAUUGAUUUUGAGCUUAGUUUUCAGUAAGCUAACCACCACCACAUGCACCAUUAUUUCAACAAAUAGAGAUUGAUUGUAUUAUUUUUGUUUUGGUGAAGUACAUAGUGUUGGGUAUCGGUUGACUCAGUCCAUUACUAGAAUGGACCAUUACGUAGUACAUUUGUAGUACACAUAGUGUUUGCUAUCAGUCGACUCAGCCUAGAAUCAGAUCAAAUUAGGAUAGGAUUGAAAUAAAAAAAAAAUGGGAAAUGAGGAUUAGAAUUGAAUAAAAAGCAUUCGUGGUUCAUUGGUUUGAUUCGGUCCAUUCCAAAUUUGACUUCAGACCACUUUUCCUUAAUAUUUAAAAUAAUUUAUAGGAUUGAAAUAUAAUCAAAAUACAUUUUAUCCAAAUAUCUAUUUGGUGCAAUAUGGACUGAAUCCUUGCCCACCUCUGACCCAACUAUAACUUGAGGUGUUAAUUCGCAUGCCGUAGUCUUGAUCUUAAGUCUUUGAUAACUGAAAAUUAUGGAGAUGGUUUAUUAAACUAAAAUGAAAAUUUGGUGCCACAAUUAAGUAAGAUUAAAAGAUAACUUCAUGAAAAUUAUAAUUAUAAUUCCCCAAAAUGUAAAACCAUAAAUCCAAUGAAAUUUAUAGAUUUUGCCCCUUUCUCUCCAUCCAAUCACAUAGUGUCUAUAACGUGUUAAUCCCCAAAUGAAUCCCUAUAAUUUCCCCUUUUUUGCUUCCCUUCUUCUCCAGGUAUUAAUUCCUUUUUCGAAUCAUUUUUCUCUUCGCAUCAGUAGUUCUCCAUUAUGUACAGAUACUGAUCGAUACAUGCCGCAUUUGAUUUAGGAAUUCUUCCAUCCAUUUCUCUUUUAAAUUAUUCAUGUCAUUCUUAUAAUUACCAAUAAUAUUUUUCACGAUCAUUGCUUUAAAACCCUAUUUAAUUAUCUGUAUCCUCAGAUUAUAUUAUACGUUGUUUCAAAUGCUCAGGAACUUCCACCUAAUUCUUUGGGCUAGAUUGACUGAUUCACUAAUCAUGCUCAAAGGACUUGCAGGAAUGAGCGAUACUACUCCCGGGAUAGAAGGAAGUGUGGAUCAUGAAACUGCAUUUACACCCAUUCUGGAAGCAAUGAAGCAGGUUAGGUCUCAACAGGGAGAAAUUCUCACCAAGCCUUUCUUGGACUUGUGCAAAAUGAUUCUUCCCGUCCUAGACAAGUUUGGAACAUCGUUAUCUCCAGUAAAAUCCGAUGUGGGCGGAAAUAUAAAUAGGUUGAGUAUUGUGUAUGAGUCCAACCCAACCAAGUUCAACUUCCUCCAUAGUGUUGUACAGCCGGAGAUUGAAGCCAAAACAGCAAAAUCUUCCUCGAGUUGUACUAACGCUCUACUUUGGUUGACAAGGGCAAUGGACUUCUUAAUAGCAGUGUUUCAAAAUAUGUUGGAUCAUCCUGAAUGGGGAAUGUCACAAGUUUGCUCCUCUGCAUAUUCAAAGACCUUAAAGAAAUGGCAUAACUGGCUUGCUAGUUCAAGUUUCAUGGUAGUCAUGAAGCUAGCUCCAGAUAGGAAAAAAUUUGUGGAGGUAAUAGGAAGAGGGAAUGAGGAUCUUAAUAUACAAAUGAAGGAGUUCUGCACAAGAUUUUCACCUUUUCUUAGAGAAAAUCACAAGUUCUUGGUGAGAGUUGGAAUGGAUAAUCUGUGAGCUGCUGGCUAAUUAGGAUGUCAACAAAAUAAAGAAUAGUGAUAUAUUUCUCUUCUUUUUCUAUCUUCUUUUUCUUUCCAAUUAAUUAACACACAAUUCAUCAAAAAUAUUAACAACAAACAUGUUUUUGACCAAAUAGAAGCAUACAAAGACAAAGGGAUGGAGGCGAUAAAACACAUACAUUUUAGUUAUUGUAAGUGCAACAUUCAAUUGACUAAGUUAGUUACAAAAUCUUCUUAAAUAUAAGUCAACACGUUAUGCAUUGUAUUACUUCUGCUUCUUUCUACAAAACACUACUCUUGUCCUCUUAUAUUUUUUAUAAAAUAGUUGUACUAUUAUGAUUGAAUUCCCCCCAAACAUAAAUGCUUUUAUUGCAUAAAAAUGUCAAAGUAACAUUUAUACUUGGGAUGGUAGUAUAAAUAUAAUAAUAAUUAUUUUUAGUUUUGGUAAGGUUGGGCGGCAGAGUGGCGUCGAGUAGGAAUUAGGGUUAAUAUUAGGAUUUCGGGUCUAGUUUCUAUAAAUAUGGACGCGAGAAUUCCUUUACGAUUAUUAAAAAAGAACAAUAUUGAAACCCUAAUUCCCUAUCUCUUCUUCUCUCUAUUCUUUCCCAAUUCUUCUUCAAUCCUCAAUCCAUAACCCUAAUUUCUCCUCUCAAUCCCACUCAAUCCUCCCCAAUUAUCUUGAUUUAUUAUAGUGGUAUCAGAGUCUGGUUGUGAGAAUGAGGUAAUUGAAACUCUCAACUAGGGAAUGAGCUCAACUCUCACUCUAAGGAAUUGGCUCGCAUGUUUCAAGCUGAGAUCAACAUAAUAUGGGGCAAGGAACCACUUGCAGAAGUCACAACAGCUACUUGCGGCAAUCCAACAACUCAAACACCUCGAGGCCCCAUUCCUUGUUGCGCGCUCACCACUAGCUGUCCCUGUCGUUCCACCUCUAUGCCAUCCUUGGCAGCCACACUGUUUGCCAACCCACAGCCUCCUGACUGUUUUUGUUACUGAGGUAGCCCUAGGAAAAUAGAUGUCCAUCGUCACUAAUGAAUAACCACAAAACUCAACUUUUGCGACUUUCUAAGACUUUGUUGUUGUGCAUGUUGCUGUCUCCCAACCAAGGGAUGACGCCGAGAUAUUCACAAUGUCAAAGAAGACCCCUAUGUCUCAACCACUUUUGGCCACUACAACAACAUACACCAUGCCCAUACCGAAGUCGCCAUCUUCCUCAAGCUGAUUCAACGAACGAAAACAGUUAUUGGAAAUUACUGACACCAUUGUCUCUAGAGGAACGAAGUCUAGAUGCGGUGAUGGUGAAACCAAAGCAGUCAAAAUGUGGAUUUUACAUAAAAAUCGAAAAUGGGGGUAAAAUCGUAAUUGUAAAAUUGAAUCGUAAAAUCGUAGGAUUUUAAGGUUCAUAUAAAAAUAAAGACGAAAUAAUAUUAAGAAAGAAAAUCACAACUAACAAAAAAACACAUAACACUUAAAAUGAUAAUUUGUCAAGGUUAAUAUUAAGAGGUGGUGAAUCGAUGAUGAUCAAUACUUUGAUGUGAAUUGAUGAUGGUCGAUGGUGGUUAGAGUGAGAGAGCUAGAUGAUGUUGGUGGACGAGAAGGAAAAGAGGCAUAAUUUUACAAAUUCUGGAGGAAAUAAGUAAAAUUGACUAAAAGAUUCGAAUCGUAAAAUUGUAAGAUUUAAAUUGUGAAUAGUGUAGAAUUUUAAGGUCCAUAGAUUUUAAAGUGAAAUCAGAAUCAGAAUAGGCAAGAAAUAUCAUAAAAUCAUAGGUUUUUAGGAUUUAAAAUUGAAAUUUUGACUACUUUGGGUGCAGCCACCUGUUAACACCAAAUUCCUUCUUGAUCUCAGUAAUUCUAUCUUGGUUUAUGAGGAACCUUAAAAAAUGUGGACCAUUAUG